AUGGCGUUUUGGUCCGAAUUUAUCGUCAUCGUUGCUAUCAUUUCAUCUAUCAAAACUGUACUUGGCUCAGGGUUCUGUCCUUCUCGGCUCUCUGUCAAAUGCCUCUCUCGGCUCAUUGUGGAAUGCUCUUGCCCGCCAGAGUGGCAACUGUGGGGGAACGAGUGUUAUCGCAUCACUCCUUUACCGCAUACUAGGGAUGACGCCAAGACAGCUUGCCAAGACAUGGGAAGCAAGAUGGCUGCUCCUCGCUCGCUGGAGGAAAUGAACUUUAUGGUGGAAUUGGCGCAAAAGGUGGACAGUGCAUACUCUGCCUGGAUCGCUUGCAAUGACAGAGAAAUUGAAGGAUCUUGGGAGUGUGACGGUCAGGAAGGUCGCAAGCCCUUCUUACUUUGGGAUGAUGGGCAACCAAAUGAUUUAUUCAAUCAAGAUUGUGUGGCAAUAAAGUCGACAAAAAACGGCAAAAUGGAUGACGAAUACUGUUAUCGCUCUCACUUGGCGUUUUGUGUUCGUCGAGCUGCCUGCACUCACGGCCUAACCCAACUCCGUCACUGA